CUCCCUCCUUGCGGUUUCCCAGGCAACUACCCGGAAGUACCGUCAGUUCACUACGACGAAUGGGGUUGACGUGACAACGGAGAUGGAAGUGAACCGUUUGGACUUCUACAUCGGUCUCUCUCUGGCGGUGAGCUCGAGCGUCUUCAUCGGUGCCAGUUUCAUCCUGAAGAAGAAAGGCCUGCUGCGAUUGGCCAGCAAGGGUUCAAUGCGAGCAGGUCAAGGGGGGUAUGCUUACCUAAAAGAAUGGCUGUGGUGGGCAGGACUUAUUUCAAUGGGAACCGGAGAGGCUGCUAACUUCGCUGCUUAUGCAUUUGCGCCGGCCACACUGGUGACCCCUCUUGGAGCACUGAGUGUACUUGUAAGUGCUGUGCUCUCCUCUUACUUUCUGAACGAGAGGCUGAAUGUGCACGGGAAGAUCGGUUGUUUGCUGUGUGUCUUGGGCUCCACUGUGAUGGUGAUCCAUGCCCCACAGGAGGAGGAGGUGGCCUCUCUCAGUGCCAUGGCUGAGAAGCUCAAAGACCCAGGUUUCAUUGUGUUUGCUGUGUGCGUUGUGGGAAGCAGCCUGGUUCUUAUCUUUGCUGUGGCGCCGCGGUUUGGACAGAAGAAUGUGCUGGUCUACAUCCUGAUCUGCUCUGUGAUUGGCUCCCUGUCUGUGUCUUGUGUCAAGGGCCUGGGCAUUGGCAUUAAGGAGCUGUUUGCUGGGACAGCAGUGCUGAAGGAACCCCUGUUCUGGUCUUUAGUCAUCUGCCUGGUAGUCUGCAUCAGCGUUCAAAUCAGUUACUUGAACAAAGCACUCGACAUCUUCAACACCUCCAUGGUCACUCCCAUAUACUACGUCUUCUUCACCACCGCCGUCAUGGCCUGCUCAGCCAUCCUCUUCAAGGAAUGGUUGAGAAUGACCACUGAUGGGAUCGUGGGAACAAUUAGCGGGUUCCUCACCAUCAUUUUGGGGAUCUUCCUCCUCCACGCCUUCAAGGACAUUACAUUUAACUGUGAUUCCCUCCCACUCUACUUGAGGAAGGGUCCUCAGGGCUCUCCAUGGGGGCAGCAGCCUUAUGUGGCUCUUCCCAGCCACGACAUGCAAGCAGAGGAUGAUGUGAAGCUGCCCAGAGAGGGAGGCUCAAAGGGGGGCUGGGGUAUGCAUCAGAGGGCUCCGUAAGGGGGACCGAUAGUGUUGUCACUACUGAGGAAAAUUGCUUUUUGCAAUUCUGAAGCUUUAAUGCACGGUAUAGCUUUACAGUGACUACGUUUACAUGCACAAAAUAUUCCAAUUUUUGCCCUUAGGAAUGCUACUCCUAUAAGACAUGGCUGUUACCAUGGCUAAUGAAAAUAAAUACCCAGUAACAUGUUGUUUAUUGGGUGAAAAUAUGGAAAAGUGGAACAGCUGGGGUUGCUCAUGCCAUUUGCCUCGUGUCAAAAUAAGUUCUCCACAGUGGCGUACUUGUUCGACUGUGCAAACACAAUCUCCCUUUUUUAUUCAUUCAACCACCUUCCUGAAAAGGUCGGCGUUGCGACAUUUGCACAUCUCCAAAAACCUGCUGACAUCCAAGUCUUUCUUUGUGUUUAAAAGAAGGUCUGUUUCUCCUUCUAACCAGAAAUGUGGGCAUUUCUUUUGGGGUUGCAUCUCUAUCCUUGCAAGCUGUUUAUGUAUAACAUAUGCAUGGUAACGCAGAGCCAGCUGUAAACAGACAAAAGCAGUGAUGUGACUUGCUGUGCCGAGGCUUCAAAGCAUGUGUCGAGUAAUCCAAGAAGUGUUUCCACGAUGCGCGUAUUGAGGCUUGUGUCGUUUCAGACGAGUGACGUCAUUGGUGACGUCCAAGGCCUCGCUGGCCGGCUGUACCACGUGACUGGUUCGGGAAGUGGUUCAGAUCUAUAUAUACAAACCACUAAGUGUAAUAGCUUUUUUUUUGUCCAGUAGAUGGCUUAGUAGAGCAAAUGAAGCAUCAAGAAGCUUUGCCCUUGAGUGAACCAAUUUGAUGAAAAGCUUCAGUGCUUCAUGAAGCUUCAUCUGCCCAUCACUAGACAAAAGGCUUGUGUUGUCAGCUGCAGUAAAAACCCCACUUUAGAUGCAUGUUCAGAACAAGCUGUCUACAUGUUUAAGAAAUGCUGUUAAAACCAGAAUAGUAACGGCAUAUCCCACGUCUUCAUUGGAAAAUGCUAGAUUCAUAGUGGAAUAUUAGUGUGCAUGUAAACGUAGUCAGUGUGACAAGUUAGUUUACUAAAUCGGGGUCUUGCGUCGGUCUUAAACAAUGCAGUACGCACAGGAUGAACAAAGUUGCCCAAAGUGAACAAAAUGUUUGUCAGCACACUGGAUUUCUUGACCAUGACGGUACAUCCACAUCUUUAGUUAAAAAACAGACAGGACAGUAUUAGAAUCUAAAGUAUAAUUUAUAUCAACGUGAAUGUUUGUCGCACUGCUGUGUACAUUUUUUUUUUUUUUUUU